AUGCACGGGAUACUCGAGCUCUCGGUACAGCUCCUCAACUCAUUUAAUCCUGCAAAAUUCGUAGGUCGGCUUGGAGCGCAAGUACCCAUCCAAGACCAAAAUGCUGUUCUGAGGCCUACAGCGACUACGAAGUCUUCGGGUCUUCCAGAUUACUUCGUCACCGACGAUGGACACUUCCAAGGUCCAACCCAAACUGGAGAAGCGCCAUAUCUUGCGCAAACGAAUCUAGCGCCAUUUGCAGGAGUCUCGUAUAUUCCCAAUACGCCUCUAGAAACCCAAAUGCCCAUCGCAGGCAAUGUAGAUAACAAGAACAUCUUCCAGAGCUUUGCGAUCCUCAGUCCCUACUUUCCCAAUCCUCGAGGUUUCGGCGUGAACGAGUAUGCAAUUCCUCCAGGAUCCAACGUAUCAUGGCUCAACAUGGUGCAUCGCCAUGGUAGUCGAUAUCCCGAGUUUAGCGGCGACGCUGCAGAGCGUACCCUUGGGAAGAAGAUCUCGGAUGCGGAGGGUAACUUCACGGGUCACGGCCCUCUUGAUUUUCUCAACAAGUGGAAGUUCAUGCUGGGUGCUGAGAUCCUGGUACCGAAUGGCAAGCAGGAGCUGUUCACCUCGGGAACCCUGCACUACUACCACUAUGGCCACCUGUAUCCCAACAAUGGAAGCAAGAUUGUUGUCAGAAGCACCACACAGAGACGCAUGACGGAGUCUGCGGAGUACUUCCUUGCUGGCUUCUUUGGCCUGGGCUGGGCGCAGAACGCAACGCUCGAGUUGGCUAUUGAGUGGCCUGGCUUCAACAACACCCUUGCAGGAUACAAGAAUUGCAACCAUUCGAGUUGGGAUAUGGCCCGGGAAGCUCUUAUGGAGUGGGUAGGUGUCUACCUUCACGAUGCUCAUCAGCGUUUCAGGGACAAUAUCUCAGGUGAUCUUGACUGGACGCUGAGUGAUACGUACAAUGCUCAAGCCCUUUGCUCCUAUGAGACUGUCGCUCUCGGCUUUUCUCACUGGUGUGGUCUCUUCACUUACGAGGAAUGGGAAGGCUUUGAAUAUGCUCUCGAUAUCGGAUUCCAGGCUGGAACUGGUUUCGGGUCCCCCGUUGGUCGAGCUAUAGGCAUCGGUUAUGUACAGGAAGUUCUCGCCCGCAUGCAGCACCACGUUAUCACCGACCCGACAGCACAAAUCAACGUGACGCUCGACAAUAACACCGCUACGUUCCCGAUUGAUCAGAAUAUCAACCUCGACUUCAGCCACGAUGCGGGAAUACUUAGUAUCCUUGUUGCUUUCGGCCUCACGCAAUUCAACGACGUGCUUCCUACAACGCACAUUCUAAAAGAUAGACAGUUUCUCGUUUCGCAUCUCCAGCCAUUCGCUGGUCGCCUCGACAUUGAGGUGAUCAAGGCGCCUGCGCCAGUAUCCGCUAAGCGUUCUGACACGAAGGUUUACCUUGAGGGAAAGCCAACAAGCUACGUCCACUUUAUCCUGAACCAGCGAACGAUACCACUAGGAAAGAGCCAUAAAGAAUGCGGCGAUAGAGAUGACGGGUGGUGCGAGAUGGAGGCAUUCCUCAAAGUGCAGCAGAAGCAGAUAGAGCUAGCAGAUUUCGACCAUGCAUGCUUUGGAGAGUAUGCAAAUCCCAAGUACGGGGAUGUUACUGAUGGACGACCAGUAAGGUAG